UAAGAUAAAUGUUAUGAAACAAUUUGAUCUUCAUUCUCCAGUGGUCCCCAAAGCUGUAAACGUUGACUCUCUUGUGGACUUUCGUUUGAGAUUAUCUUGUAGUCAUGGAGAAGCAAUUUGAACAUCCACGCGAUGACAAGAAGGUUCAAUUAGCAUCCAGAAAAUGCUUGUUCCGUUUAUUGUCUUUUCUGGACCGAAAACUUCCGGAGGCUUGUGCUAUUCAUUCGUUCAUAGGUGCAGCUCUAUUAACGGCCAAUCCAUCUUAUCUCGUCUAUUUUAGACGGCAAGAUACGACUAAUACCACGUCCAUUUCUUCGGACGACGAAGAAGACUACUCCGUAAUUGUCGGAGUUGCGAAAGAAAACUAUUUAGGAUCCAAUGAAGAAAUUAAGAAAUGCUGGACUAUGACCGCAUGGACCGAUAGUGAUGAAAAUCUGGCCGGAGCAUACGAAGCCAUUGAUGAGAUCGACUGGAGGGACGAUGUUAUUGUCAUCCACUAUAAGCAUCACACACUUCACCAAGGACUUGAAAAUUUUCUGGAUAGAGAAAGAGUGCAAGGCCAUUGCUAUCCGUGUGAUCAAUAUGUUUUACCAACGAAAGAUGCCUUCAAUCUUCAAAUUGGUGAGAUUGACGGAGUUUACGUUAAAAGCUUGGAACGCUGUCAUGCCCAAUUGGUUUACGAUCAGUGGCCGUACAGAGCGGGCAGCACGGUUGAGAAAGUGGCCAAGGAAAUUGAAGAGCUUCCUUCGGCUGGAGUGUUUUUGAAAGACAACGAUAAACUGGUGUCGUGGAUGAUGUACCAUCUGCCUAAUGGAAUGAGUCGACUUCACACGUUACAAGAAUACCGCCGGCGAGGAUACGCAGCAUUGGUGACGCAAUAUCUUUCGAAACGAGUAGCGCAAUGUGGAUUCGUUCCGUUUGUAAAUGUUCAUCUUGAAAAUAUUGCUUCUUUUACGCUUUUUACUUCGACGAUGGGAUUCCGGAGGCUCUGCUAUGGUCACUGUUAUGUUACAUCUAACUAUCCUUCUUAAUCGCCCAGAUUUCAAUUUAUGUGCAUAGACGACUGAAAUUUUUGAACUUGUGUUCUUCCAAUUAAUAAGCGCCAGCAUAAAAUUAAUGGUAGGCCUUUACAGAAGAGGCGCUGUUUGCUGUAAUUGUACGAGAUGUGAAUUUAAAGGGAAAAAAAACCGGUUCAAUGUUUAUGUAAAUAAUACCUAACUAUAUACGGUAACUUCAGGGUAACUUAGUUUUUUCCUCUCUUAUCAGUCUACCGCUUAUUGAUACACUACCCCCAGUUCCUCACUGAACUGGCAACGGUUCAAGGUUCACUUCUCAACGGCCGACUGCAGAUCGGGCCCGGUUUUGUACCUCACAACCUUAUCUGUGGGCAAACAAUUGAAUUAGAAAAUAUUUUUAACUCUAAACACAAAUUCUUAUGACCAAGAGAGAACUGCCGUCACACCGGCGCCUCCUCGUUUAACCCGUAAUGACCUCCAUUUAAUUUUUCCAAAUACCUAAUGCGAAUUUCGAGUGACACAAUCUUGUCUAACUUGAACGUAUAUACCGUAUUCUGGCAUUCCUUUGUAGGAUUUUUAUUGUUCCAAACAGCCGCUUUUUCGAAAGGGCGGCUACUUUAAAGACGUAAGGACAAAUGACGUCAUCACGUCUCUUUCAUAUUACGAAAGGGUCUUUAAUCUAGUUGAGUCUACUGAGUUAACGUUUUCUUUAUGAUGUUUAUGUGUUCGCCUAAAAGCUAUCUCGCUGUAAUAAAAAAAUCUUUAACGGCA